AUGGGACAAUGUAUGCCGAAAUGUCUCAAACCAAGUAUUUCAUUGGAAUCGAUCAUUACUGUUGUCGAAGAUCGAGCCACACAAACAAUAGUUUCUUCUAUAAUUUCACCUAGAACAUUGUCUUUCACAAGACCAUGGCAAGUUCGUAUUGUUCAAAAUUUCGAGUUACUCUGGUUAGACUCGAACAUUGAUGAGCUUGAUCCAGACUUUAAAUAUUCACUUGCUCAACUGCGACGAAUUGUCAAUUCAAUUCAUACAUUUACUAAUCCUGAUUCAUGUGUGAAUUUUCUCAAUGAAAUAAAAAAUGAAAAGGCAUUUUUACUCAUAUCGGGUAGAUUUUGUCAAUCAGUCAUACCAGUUAUUCAUGAUGCAGCUCAACUUGAUUCUAUCUAUAUAUUUUGUGAAAAUAAGUCAAAAUAUGAACAGUGGGCUUUGGAUUGGACAAAGAUAAAGGGUGUUUUUACUCAGAUCGAGACUAUUUGUGAUGCACUAAAACAAGAUACUCAACAAUGUAAUUAUGAUUCUGUUUCUAUCAGUGUGACAAGUAAAAAUGUGGAUCGUUUAGAACCAUCAUUUAUGUAUACACAGUUGCUCAAAGAAAUACUUCUUGAUAUGGAAUAUGAUGAUACGGCAAAGACAGAACUUGUUGAAUUUUGUCGAGAACAAUUUCAUGAUAAUCCACAUGAAUUGCAAAUUAUCGAUGAAUUCCAACGAGAUUAUCAUGUUCAUACACCUAUCUGGUGGUACACUUGUGAAUGUUUUACUUAUCAACUACUUAAUCGAGCUCUUCGUAUACAAGAUGUUGAAAUUAUUAUCAAAAUGGGGUUUUUCUUACGUGAUGUUCAUCGACAUCUUAAAGAAUUACAUUCAGAAAUCGAUCCAAGCAUUUUUAUUACUGUUUAUCGAGGUAAAAGUAUGCCAAUUGCUGAUUUUGAUGAGAUAAAAAAUCGAAAAGAUGGUCUAUUAGCAUUUAAUACCUUCUUAUCGACGAGUCUAAAUGAAGAAGUUUCAUUACAAUUCGCUAAAAAGUCACUUAAAAAGGCUGGUACAAUCGGUGUUCUUUUUCAAAUUACUGUUGAUCCAUCGGUUCCUUCAACUCCAUUCGCCCCAAUUAGAGCAGUUAGUGCUAUUCCAAGUGAAGAUGAAAUCUUAUUUUCUAUGCACACUGUAUUUCG